GAAGCAGAAAAUUUGUUAAAAAAUAUUUCUUGAAAAUAUAUAACCCACUUAAUCACACCAACUUAAAAAGGAAUAUACCGAAAAGAAAAAAAUAUGCGCAUUUCCAUUAGUGAUGGUUCUGUUUUUAGAUAUGUUGACAAUUGAAAUCAAAUUGGCAUACUAUUACCGAAUAAUUUGCACAAUAUAACGAGUGAAAAUAUUACCGACUUUUCUUUCAAAAUGGAAAACAAACGUAAGUUCUGUGAUGUUGUCAUACAAGAAGCAAUGUUUAUCAUUAAACACGGUACGCUUGAUGAGUUUGAACGCCUGUUAGAAGAAGGCCUUGAUACUAAUGCAAUCAUAGUCGAAAAUCGUUGCAGCAAGAUGAUACACGUAGCAUCUUAUUUUGGCCGAUGUGAUAUAAUUGAAUUGCUUAUAACAAAAGGAGUUCGCGUUAGUGAAACUGAUAAACAGGGCCGCAAACCCUUACACUACGCAGCAGAAAAAGGGCAUUUAGAAAUUGUAAAGAUUUUAAUCAGAAAUGGGGUAAAUGCGAGUGCUGGAGGAAGUUGUAUAGGAUCGAAAUACUGCCAUUUUGCAUCCAGAUUUGGUCGCAGGAACAUUCUAGAAUUUUUUUUCAGUGAAGGUGGUGAUGCGAAUGAAACUGAUGAAAUUGGUUGGACAUUAUUGCACUAUGCAGCUGUGAACAAUAAUGGUGCUAAUAUCCAUGCAGAGCAAUUUUCUACAGGUAUGAAACCUAUGCAUAUUGCAUCAAUAAAUGGAUGUGAAAAAGUUGUAGAGUAUUUUUUAGUUAAAGGAGUAUGUGUUGACACGAUUAAUAAAUUCGGUAACACCUCAUUACAUUUAGCUGCAUCUGAGGGAAAGCUUGAAAUAGUUGAUGUACUUUUGAAACAUAAAGCCAACAUUCAUGCUCUUAAUAAAAAUGGUAAUCAAGCAAUUCAUUUGUCUUCCCUCUACGGACGAAGAGAUGUACUAAAUUUCCUUCUUCAUAGUGGUUCUAAUGUUCAAGAUGUCGGUAUACAUUUCUAUACGCCUCUACAUUUUGCAGCAUUUAGUGGGCAUCUGGAUGUAAUUCACGAUCUUAUUGAAAACAGAGCUAAUAUAUAUGCCAAAAGCAUAUAUGGUGAGUCUCCGAUAAUUUUGGCAAUAAAAUGGGGCAAUGUUAAUGUUGUAGAAUAUUUCCUCGACAUUGGAUUCAAAAUAAAUGACACAGAUAAUGAUGGCUGGACUCCAUUGCAUUAUGCUUCGCUAUACGACCAUAUAGGAAUCAUUGAAUUGUUGAUUAAUAAUGGUGCUAACAUGAACGGCAAAAGUAAUAAAGGCCAAAAGCCUAUUCAUGUGGCGGCUGUGAAUGGGCAUACGCUAACAGUUGAGUAUUAUAUCAAUAAAGGAUGUGAUGUAAAUGAAUUAAAUACGAACUGCCAUUGGACGUGCUUGCACUAUGCUUCUCAUAAAGGUAAUCUAGAAAUGGUUCAGUAUCUUUUUGAUAAGCAUGCCAAUAUUCAAGUUGAAUCCAGUGAUUAUGAAAAAGCUAUUCAUGUCGCUGCGUUCGAAGGAAAAACUAAAAUAAUAGAAUUUUUUAUUUCUAUUGGAAUGAACAUUGAUGAGCACAGCAGUAAAAAUUGGACACCACUUCAUAGCGCUUCAUUAGGGGGUAAAUUAGAAACGAUUGAAUAUUUAGUUCAAAAGAAGGCAAAUAUAUACGCAAAGACUUAUGAAAAUUAUGGCGUGCUGCAUCUGGCUGCAACACAUGGACACAAAAAUGUAAUAGAGUAUUUUUUGAAUCUAGGGCUUGAUUUUAACAAACGGGAUAAAAAAGGUUGGAAACCUCUACACCAUGCUGCAUGUGCAGGGGCCGUUGAUAUUGUCAAGCUCCUUGUCGAAAAAGGUGCUGAUUAUGUAGAAAUGUUUGGGAGAGUUGCCAAACCUCUACACAUUGCAGCUAAAAAUGGUCACGUAGAAGUUAUUAAAACUUUUAUUGAACUUGGGCAAGAUCCUAAUUCAUUAGGUCCAGAUGGUCCAGAUAAUAAUACUCCACUGCACAUAGCUGCCAAAAAAGACACAAUUAGCGCUAUAAAUUUUCUUGUGGAAGCGGGAGCUAAUCCUCACAUUACAAAUUCAAACGGGGAAAAACCCAUUCACAUUGCUGCGCGUCAUGGUAACAGGAAAGUUGUUGAGUUGUUUCUCAAUAUGGGUAUUAGUGUAGAUGAAAAGGAUGAGGAUGAUUGGACGCCUAUACAUCACUCCAUUACGAAUCAUCAGUUAGACCUUGUAAAGUAUCUAGUGAAUAGGGAAGCAAAACCGAAUUUAGACAUUAAGACUAUAGAAGGUGAAACGCCAUUGUAUUUAGCUUACAAAAAUAAGCGCACUGAUAUAAUGAUAAUGCUAUUAGAGGCAGGAGCAAAUCCUGAUAUCAAAGACAAUGACGGCCGUACAUUUCUCUAUUAUUAUAUCUAUGAAUAUGUUGAAUGUUUAGUUUCGUAUGAUGAUGAUAGAAAUCCACUCAAUGCUGAAAGUAUCUUGAGUAAAAUAACUUGUUUUACUGAUAUCGAUGAUAAAGGAAAUAAAUCUGCUGUCCAUCUGUCAGCUGAAGGUCUUUGGAAUUUAGACUUUUUCAAACUCGUCUUAAGCCACCAAAAAGAUGUCAAUGUUAUUGAUGCAAAUGGUGACACCCCUUUAAACUACUUAACUGAAGAAAUGGCUCUUUCUCAAGGGGAAGAUUGUAUUUCUUUCAUCAAACAUCUUAUUGAUAGUGGUGCUUAUUUCAAACCGAAAGAUUGCCAAAGAAUACUAGAAAAUCAUCAAGUAAGAGAUAUGCUUUUUACUGACGUAAAGUUGUGUUCUAAGUCAAUAGUAAACAAGUUUAAUAAAGUCGAUUUACCAGUUUUGUAUCGUUCACCAGUGCUUUCGUACCUACCUCCCAUCGAUAAAAUGAAGUUAAAUCGUCCUCAAAUUCAUAACAUAGAAAUAAGUUUAGAAAAGAAAAUACUAAACAACGGUUAUUGUGAUAUAUCUACAAUGCUACCACCAUUGCUUGUUAUUGCUUCAGUGGUUUCUCUUGCCAAGUAUUAUGGACAGUUUCACGAACUCAAAUAAUAACAGAUCUCGCUAUUCUUGGAAAAGCUAUGUAUUUUGCUCCUUGUUUUAAUGCAUUGAUCUUAGAGUUUGUAAGUUUUCAUUAAUUCCUUGCAACACGCUAUAAAUCAGUUCGUUCAAUUGUUUUGUAACUUGAUUUUUGCUAACUAAUAAAUUAUAAGGCAUCCUGUUCCUCUAA